GUUCUCUCGAUAACUGAGAUUAAUUCUCAGCCGUUGAUUAAAUACCCCCAAGCUCAACUACCUACCAAAAAAAAGAACGAAGAAUGAAUCUAGCCCUGAUUAUAACAAAAGGGACAAUAUCAUUUUUUCCUAUAUAAUCUCCUCCUCCAUUUCACUUCUUCCUCGCCCUUACACUACUUUCUACUGCACAACCUAAGAUUUAGAGCAAUGGAGACUUUCUUGUUCACAUCUGAAUCUGUCAACGAGGGACAUCCCGACAAGCUAUGCGACCAAGUCUCAGAUGCAGUGCUUGAUGCCUGUUUAGCUCAGGACCCUGAGAGCAAAGUUGCUUGUGAGACAUGCACGAAGACCAACUUGGUUAUGGUCUUUGGUGAGAUCACCACCAAAGCCACUAUUGAUUACGAGAAGAUUGUGCGUGACACUUGCCGGGAAAUUGGAUUCGUGUCUGCUGAUGUGGGUUUGGAUGCUGACAAUUGCAAGGUCCUUGUGAACAUUGAGCAGCAAAGCCCUGAUAUUGCUCAAGGUGUUCAUGGUCAUUUGACUAAGCGACCCGAGGAGAUUGGUGCAGGUGACCAGGGUCACAUGUUUGGCUAUGCCACUGAUGAGACGCCGGAGUUGAUGCCCCUUAGCCAUGUUCUUGCUACCAAACUUGGAGCUCGCCUUACUGAGGUUCGCAAGAACGGUACAUGUGCUUGGCUUAGACCUGAUGGCAAAACCCAAGUGACCGUUGAGUACCAAAACGACAAUGGCGCGAUGGUUCCCCUACGUGUUCACACUGUUUUGAUCUCCACUCAACAUGACGAGACUGUUACAAACGAUGAAAUUGCUCGUGAUCUCAAAGAGCAUGUCAUCAAGCCCGUGAUCCCCGAGAAAUAUCUUGAUGAGAAGACCAUUUUCCACCUCAACCCUUCGGGCCGUUUUGUCAUUGGAGGACCCCACGGUGAUGCUGGUCUCACUGGCCGAAAGAUCAUCAUCGACACUUACGGAGGGUGGGGUGCUCAUGGAGGUGGUGCUUUCUCGGGGAAGGACCCUACCAAGGUUGACAGAAGUGGAGCCUAUAUUGUGAGGCAAGCAGCGAAGAGCAUUGUUGCCAAUGGUCUUGCUAGGAGGUGCAUUGUUCAGGUUUCGUACGCCAUUGGUGUGCCUGAACCUUUAUCUGUCUUUGUGGACACUUAUGGAACUGGGAAAAUCCCUGAUAAGGAAAUUCUCAACAUUGUGAAGGAGAACUUUGAUUUCAGGCCCGGGAUGAUUUCCAUUAACCUCGAUCUAUUGAGGGGUGGAAAUGGCCGAUUCUUGAAGACUGCUGCCUAUGGACAUUUUGGUAGAGAUGAUCCUGACUUCACAUGGGAAGUAGUCAAGCCUCUCAAGUGGGAAAAGCCACAAGCUUAAUUGGAAUAUAAUCGUGUUUCACACCUUGAGUGGUUGUGCUUACUCUAGCUUGUUGGCUUUUGUUUCACUUUUUUCUUGUUCUUUUUUAUUUUUAUAUCUUAUUAUCUUUUUAUGUGGUUUUAGAAAUAUUGUUCCAAGUUUCUUGGGUAAAGUUUGAGAUAAUGGAAUCAUGGAUUGCGGUGUUAAAAAGUCUUUGCUUUUGUUA